UUUUGUGGGAGACUCUUCUUAUGUCUUGUUCAAAAACCCUUUGAGUUGAGAAGACAAGACAAAUCCACAUUCUGGUUCCCAUCACGUCGCUAUAUGCUAGCAUCUCUCCAGAAACAACCACAUUUUGACCAGAAUUUCCUUUGAUACCCGAAGGUUCAAGACGAACCUGGUUUUUGCCUCAAUGGAGUAUUUCAUGACGAAAAGGAGAAACCAUAGAGGUAGAAGUUACCUCUGCAUCAGCUGGGAAAUAGCCUAGCUCAGGUCAGCACAGUGCUGCCAGCUCCUCCCUGAUUGGUCCUUACCCCCCGUGCUCCCACUUUCUUAGUUUUCUGUCCCGCAAACCGCUCUUAAGCCACCUGCCAUGUCGUCGGUCCGCUUCACCGUGACGCCCACCAAGGCCGAGGACCUCCCGGGGAUGUCCGACACGUCGCCCGACAUCAGCUCCCGUCCGUCUGCCCAUGUUCGCUUCGGCUCCAGGGAGAGCGUGAAUCGCAGCGACCCAGUGAGCGAGGGGUCCGCAGGUGGGACGACGUUUGGAGGAAUGGGAGGGAACGAAACGCCGGACCGCAGCAGCAUAGACCAAGGGGAUGGGAACUCUAAGAUCUCCAGUGUUUACAUCAACAACAGUCAUGGGAUGGAUGACGACGAAUUUUUCGACAGGAACUUGGCCUUAUUUGAGGAGGAGAUGGACACUAGGCCGAAGGUGUCUUCUCUGCUCAACCGCCUGGCUAACUACACCAACCUGACGCAGGGAGCAAAGGAACAUGAGGAGGCUGAGAUCAUCGGGGAGAAGAAGAAAGCCAGCAAGGUGCCACAGAUGGGGACGUUCAUGGGUGUUUACCUCCCUUGCCUUCAAAACAUCUUCGGAGUCAUCCUGUUCCUGAGGUUGACUUGGGUGGUGGGAACCGCCGGGGUGCUGCAGGCCCUCUGCAUCGUCUUCAUAUGCUGCUGCUGCACGUUGCUGACUGCGAUUUCAAUGAGCGCGAUCGCCACCAAUGGAGUUGUGCCAGCUGGAGGCUCCUACUUCAUGAUCAGCCGUUCUCUGGGUCCAGAGUUCGGAGGGGCUGUGGGGAUCUGCUUCUACCUGGGCACCACCUUCGCUGGGGCCAUGUACAUCCUGGGAGCCAUCGAGAUCUUACUGAUGUACAUUGUUCCUGAGGCGGAAAUCUUUAAAGGAGGCGGGGCGGCCAUGUUGAACAACAUGCGGGUCUACGGCAGCAUCUGUCUCCUCCUCAUGUCCCUGCUCGUCUUUGUCGGUGUGAAGUAUGUCAACAAGCUGGCCUCCAUCUUCUUGGCCUGUGUCAUCGUCUCCAUCGUUUCCAUCUACAUCGGAGCGUUUGAGUCCGCGUUCAACGAGCGUAAUUUUGACGUGUGCAUGCUGGGGAACAGAACCAUCAGCAGUCACGUCGAGUGUAAUAAAACCGUCCCGGUGGGAAUCAAAGACACAACGUGGAGCUUCGACGGCAACUUCACACUCAGCUACGAAAACAGCACAGCUGGACCAGUCAUUGUCUCCACCCCUGCGCCAGCUGUGGAGGAGAAAACCACACUUCUUUGGGAAGAAUUUUGCCACAGCACUGAACUCAACGCCACCUGUGACGAAUACUUCACCUCUAAUAACUUCACCAAGAUUAAAGGGAUUCCUGGUCUGGCCAGUGGAUCAUUUCAGAACCUGUGGAGCUCCUACAUCAGCAAAGGCGAGGUUCUGGAGAAAAGCUCACUCAGCUCCUCUCACUCGUCACCUCCAGCAUCACUGCCUCAUCCGUACGUGUUCGCCGACAUCACCACCUCCUUCACCCUGCUGGUGGGCAUCUUCUUCCCUUCGGUCACAGGAAUCAUGGCCGGUUCAAAUCGGUCGGGAGAUUUGAAAGACGCUCAGCGCUCCAUCCCCAUCGGAACCAUCCUUGCUAUCCUCACGACGUCUUUUGUCUACCUGAGCAGCGUUGUGUUGUUUGGCGCCUGCAUCGACGGCGUCGUCCUCAGAGACAGUCAGUUCGGAGAGUCAGUUGAUGGCACUCUGGUUGUUGGCACGCUGGCCUGGCCGACUCCCUGGGUCAUUGUGAUUGGCUCCUUCUUCUCAACAUGCGGCGCAGGCCUUCAGUCGCUGACCGGCGCACCACGACUCCUGCAGGCCAUCGCCAAAGACAAUAUUAUCCCGUUUCUACGGGUGUUUGGACAUGGGAAAGCUAACGGCGAACCCACCUGGGCUCUGCUCCUGACGGCACUGAUAGCUGAGCUGGGGAUUCUCAUCGCCUCUCUGGACCUGGUCGCUCCCAUCCUCACAAUGUUCUUCCUGAUGUGUUACUUGUUUGUGAACUUGGCCUGCGCUCUGCAGACGCUGCUCAGAACCCCCAAACUGGAGGCCCGCUUCUCCUACUACCACUGGACCUUGUCGUUUCUGGGGAUGAUCAUCUGCCUCGCUCUCAUGUUCAUAUCUUCUUGGUACUACGCAAUCGUUGCCAUGGUGAUCGCUGGCAUGAUCUACAAAUACAUUGAAUAUCAUGGAGCUGAGAAGGAGUGGGGAGACGGGAUCCGCGGUCUGUCACUCAGUGCUGCCCGCUACGCCCUCCUCAGGCUGGAGGAGGGACCACCACACACCAAGAACUGGAGGCCCCAACUGCUGGUGUUGCUAAAACUGGACGAAGACGCCCACGUUAAGUCUCCGCGGCUGCUGACGUUCGCCAGCCAGCUGAAAGCAGGAAAGGGCCUCACCAUCGUCGGCACGGUCGUCCCAGGACACUUCCUGCAAACUUACGGAGAGGCUCUUGCUGCAGAACAGACUUUGAGGCAUCUCAUGGAGAAGGAACGGGUGAAGGGCUUUGUUCAGUGCAUCGUGGCUCAAAAGCCCCGCGAGGGCAUCAGUCACAUGAUCCAGUCAAGCGGCCUGGGAGGAAUGAAGCCCAACACGGUGGUGAUGGGCUGGCCACACACCUGGAGGCAGAGCGAAGACCCGCAGGCCUGGAAGACCUUCAUCAAUACGGUCCGAGUGACCACGGCGGCCCACCUGGCUCUGCUGGUGCCCAAAAACAUCUCCCUGUUCCCCAGCAAUAGCGAGCCGCCCACCGACGGCUACAUAGACGUGUGGUGGAUCGUCCACGACGGGGGGAUGCUGAUGCUGCUGCCGUUUCUCCUUCGCCAACACAAGGUGUGGCGUAAAUGUGGGAUGCGAAUCUUCACCGUGGCUCAGAUGGAGGACAACUCUAUUCAGAUGAAGAAGGAUCUGGCAACAUUUCUGUAUCACCUUCGUAUUGAAGCUGAGGUGGAAGUAGUGGAGAUGCAUAACAGUGACAUCAGUGCGUACACCUACGAAAGGACACUGAUGAUGGAGCAGAGGUCUCAGAUGCUCAGACAAAUGAGACUCUCUAAAUCAGACAGAGAAAAAGAAGCGCAGUUGGUGAAGGACCGCAACUCCAUGCUGCGCCUGACCAGCAUCGGGUCAGACGACGAGGACGACACAGACGGCGGCGAGCGGGAGCGGGCAGUGAGCAGCAGCUCCGAGCACCACCGUCGCGUCCAGAUGACCUGGACCAAAGAGAAGACGGCCCAGUACAGAGCGGCGCACUCCGGCUGCUCCACGCCCGAAGGCUUCAGAGACAUGCUGAGCAUCAGGCCGGACCACUCCAAUGUCAGAAGGAUGCACACCGCCGUCAAGCUCAACGAAGUCAUCGUCAACAAAUCCCAUGAUGCCCGGCUCGUCCUGCUCAACAUGCCGGGGCCGCCGAAGAACACGGAAGGAGACGAGAACUACAUGGAGUUCCUGGAGGUUUUGACUGAAGGACUGGAGCGCGUUCUGUUAGUCCGAGGAGGCGGAAGUGAAGUCAUCACCAUCUACUCCUGAUUGGACAAGACACUGCAAGAUACUGUUUAACAAGCAAGCCAGUCAUGGAGAAGACGGGAGAUGGGUUGGUUCUGUGUGGGCUGCGUGGGAUAGACCGUCACUGGCUGCAGCAUUGGUUGUCACGUCCACAUCCCACCCAACUUUUCAUCUGCACUCGUUUUCUACUCCAAUUAUGUCGACUCCAGGGAACGCCAACGCAGUUCCACGAUUGAGCAACAAGAACCCAUAGCAAUCAUGUGUGUGCAUGUGUAUGUGUGUGUUUGUGGGAAUCGCUCACCUGGAAGAUCUUUGAUAGGUUGAAGGGACCAGCAUUUUGUUUGAAGCGGGUGUGUUCAGGCAGUGGCUCAGUUAAAGUAAAUGUGAUCGGUCUGAAAACAAUGCAGUCGUUCCACCAAUGAAACUCAGGGUUUGCUUUUUGUACAGAAUGUAUUUUGGACGUUU